AUGCCGCCGCGCGGGAGCGAGGGCUACGAUUUUACGCCAAUACUAACCCACUACCUCUUCCUCUUCACGACCAUCCUUGCCGUGAUAGGAUGGUUUGUCGCAUUCAUCGGCCAGGCAGUGGCCACUGCACAACACGGAAACGGUACAGUUGGCGUACUAUGGUUCGCCAUCUUCGUCCAGCUCUUCCUCAUCCUCGGCGUCCUACACACCCUCGCGACUGAUUCCAUCGCCAUGCACCGAUUCCAAAUUGCCACUUUCGGCUCGAUCGCCAUCGUCUUCGCCGUCAUCGGCGUACAGGAGGGCAUCUUCUCUGGCUUCGCGUCCCUCGACGCCAUGUCUGCUGGCUGGCUCAUCCUGGCCAUGGUCGACAUCCUCUGGGUGCUCUACUUCACGUCCGAGGAGGACUCGCUCAUGUUCCACGUCUUCAACUCCCUCGGCACGGGCGGCCUCACUCCUCCCUCGCGCCGCCGCCGCGGCACCCGCUCCGCGUCCAUGAUGAACAUGGGUGGCGGCAACGGCUACACGGCGGGCUACGCGACCGGCGGCAUCGGCGGCCCCAUGUACGACACCAAGAUCGCGGGCAGUAUGACUGGGCCCAUUGGCAACACCGGUAGCUUCCGGGCGCCGAGCGUGGAGGGCGGCGCGCCGCGUAGUCUGGGCGGGGCGGGCAGCGUAAACAACUUGGGCUCUGGUACGGGUCCGGGCUCGAUAGGAGGUGGGGAGGGAAGCGUCGGGCCUGCUUCGCCCCUGAUGGGCAGCGGCGCUGCGGGCAUCGGGGCGGGCGGAGGACCUGGCGCUGCUCCGACUACCCCGGGAACGGCAGGUCCGGACACGAGCGACGUGGGAGCAGAAACGCACCAGUACCGCGCAAAGGCGCUCUAUAACUACACCGCGUCGCCCGACGACCCCAACGAGAUCUCGUUCUCGAAAGGCGAGAUCCUCGAGAUCCUCGACAAGAACGGGAAGUGGUGGCAAGCGAGAAAAGCGGACGGGUCGGUCGGAAUCGCACCGUCGAAUUACCUACAGAUCGUCUGA